AUGGGAUGCUGCGGUAGCACGGAGAGGACAAAGAGAGAAUGGAGACCGCUGGAGGACCGGAGCUCCACAGACCUGCCCUGGUUCCUGCUCUUCAUCGUCUUCUGCGUUGGCAUGGGCAGCAUCUGUGGAUUCACUGUUGCCACCGGCGGCGCCGCACGUCUCGUAUACGGAUAUGAUAGCUAUGGCAACACCUGUGGUCAACGCAACGAGCAGAUCGAAGGGGUCCGGCUCAGUGGGCUCGACCACACGGACAGAAAGUUUGUGUUCUUCUUGGACCCGUGUAACAUCGACAUCGUUCAGAGGAAAAUCAAAUCUGUGGCUCUGUGUGUGUCUCUGUGCCCCCCUGAAACCAUGAACACCUACCAGGACCUGCAGAGGUUCGCCAUGAUUAACGGUUCGGAGUUGUGUUCUUACGAGUUAGCGGGUCAUAAAUAUCCAGGUCUGCCUGAGAGGUUCUCCAAAUGUCCCAAACUUCCUGUUCCCCCCAGUAAGCCCCUCCCCGUGUUUAACCGCUGCACGCCGCUGGAUGUUUCGUGUUAUGCGAAGUUUGCGGAGGCCGUGGUGACGUUUGUGGGCGAUAACAGCGUCCUGCACCGCCUGAUCGCCGGCGUCGCCAGCAGCAAAGAGAUCAUCAUCGGACUGUGUGUGCUGGCUCUAGUCCUCUCUAUGAUCCUCAUGGUGAUCAUUCGCUACAUCUCCGCCGUCCUCGUCUGGAUCCUCACCGCGCUGGUCGUCCUUGGAUCCCUCGGGGGGACCAGCGUUCUCUGGUGGCUGUACAUCGAUCACCGGCUGUAUGGGAACGACACCUCCCCUAAAGUGGUGAAGGAGGAGGAGGAGGAGGAGGUCAGGCAGGACGUUGGGCAGGCGCUGCUCGUCUAUGCUGCCGCUGCCACCGUCUUCACCAUCAUCCUCUUCCUUUUGAUGCUCUUCAUGAGGAGGCGUGUCUCUCUGACCAUCGCUCUGUUUCACGUGGCAGGGAAAGUCUUCCUGCACCUUCCCCUCCUCACCCUGCAGCCCUUCGUCACCUUCCUGGCUCUCCUGCUGUUCUGGAUGUACUGGGUCCUGGUUCUGCUCUUCCUUGGGACCACUGGUAACCCAGUGCAGAAUGAGGAGACAGGUCUGACUGAGUUCAGACUGACCGGUCCUCUGCAGUACCUGACCUGGUACCACGCCGUGGGUCUGAUCUGGAUCACUGAGUUCAUCCUGGCCUGUCAGCAGAUGACUGUGGCCGGUGCCGUGGUCACAUACUACUUCACCAGGGACAAGAACCGUCUCCCACUGACCCCCAUCCUGUCCUCCGUCCUGAGGCUGGUCAGGUAUCACCUGGGCACUGUCGCCAAAGGAUCCUUUAUAAUUACACUGGUCAAGAUCCCCCGACUCAUCCUCAUGUACAUACACAACCAGCUCAAAGGAAAGGAGAAUGCGUGUGCUCGCUGCCUGCUGAAAACUUGUAUCUGCUGUCUGUGGUGUUUGGAGAAGUGCCUCAACUAUCUCAAUCAGAAUGCAUAUGCAGCCACAGCCAUCAACAGCACCAGUUUCUGCACGUCUGCUCGUGACGCCUUCGUGAUUCUGGUGGAGAACGCUCUGCGCGUCGCUACAAUCAACGCCAUCGGAGACUUCGUGCUCUUCCUGGGGAAGAUCCUGAUUGUGACGUCAACAGCGUUCGCCGGCGUCCUCCUCCUCAACUACCAGCGGGAUUACGCUGAGUGGCUGCUGCCUCUGAUCAUCGUGUGUCUCUUCUCCUUCCUCGUGGCUCACUGCUUCCUGUCCAUCUUUGAGAUCGUGGUGGACGUCCUCUUCCUGUGCUUCGCCAUCGACACCAAGUACAACGACGGACUCCGGGGAAGGAGUUCUUCAUGA